CCAAUCACAACACACUAUUCAGGUGAUUGGUUAGUUUCUGUUUGCAGCUCAGGCAGCAACACUAUUUGAAAAUUGAAAUGUGAGCUGGCCGCCUGCAAAAGGAGCGAAAGUUGAGAUGGCCGCUUUGAAGUAUGACCUUUUAGAUGGCGAAGAUGAAACCUUUGAUGAUGAUGAUGUUGAAAUAUCAACAGGAAGCAUUGUCCGAAAAGAUCUCUUUGAGAACUUGCUUACGCCAAUGAAGAUGACACGGCAAUCGGUGGCACACAAUAAAGAACCGAUUAAAGUGUAUUUAAGAAUCCGGCCCUUCACUGGUACUGAAGUAGAAGAUGGCGAGUCACAGGAUUGUAUGGAAGUGGUGGAUAACUCGUUUCUACUUAUGCAUGCCCCCCGUGAAAGCUUCAACUUCAAAAACAUUACACGUGUGGGUGGAGCUUUGACGCACAAAUAUACCUUCUCAAACAUUUUUCAUGAAGAUACCAGUCAAAAGCGGUUCUUUGACGAGACGAUGUUAGGAACCGUGAAGGAUUUUGUAGAUGGACAGAACUGCUUAGUGUUUACGUAUGGUGUCACAAAUGCUGGGAAAACACACACAAUACAAGGUAGUGCCCAGGAUGGAGGCAUCUUACCACGUUCAUUAGACGUUAUCUUUAACAGCACUGAGGGCAGGCUUUACCCUGGCAUGCAGAUGAAACCUAAGCUGUUUGCUGAUGUCAUUAUGCUGAAUGAAACACAACUGAAGGCGGAGGAAGCUAAGAAAGCUGCCCUUUUGCGUUUAGCUGUUCCCAAUAAAGGAGAUGAGAGCAAUGUUUCUGAAUCAGACUCUUCAAGAUUAUCAUCACAAAACUCAACUGCUGAGGACCCAACACUUUCAAAAGCCCUAGAUGAAACAAAAGAUAGGGAAUCUGUUUCUAACAUCUUAAAUGAUAUCAAUCUGAGAAUUCCAGACGACACGUCCAUAGACAUUGAAUCACAGGGACCUGUAAAAUUUUCAAUCUGGAUUUCAUUUGUUGAAAUUUACAAUGAGUAUAUAUACGAUCUACUAGAGCCUAUGCCCAAGGGCAAAAAAGCUCGUAGACAGACACUGAAACUGGCAGAGGACAAGAAUGGCAAUGUUUACAUAAGAGGUUUGAAAGAGGUUAUGGUCACAUCGUCAGAUGAAGCAUACAAGAUGCUCAAGAUUGGCCAGAAGAAUCUCAGCAUUGCUUCUACCAAACUAAACCACUGCUCCAGCCGUAGUCACUGUGUGUUCAGUAUUAAGGUGCUACGGGUAGUUGACGUGGCCGAGCCACAUGUAGCCAGGGUCAGCACGUUGUCAUUUUGUGAUCUGGCAGGCUCUGAGAGGUCUACCAAGACGCAGAGUGUUGGAGACAGAAUGAAAGAGGCUGCCAACAUCAACAACUCGCUGCUGACACUGGGAAAAUGUAUCAAGGUGUUGCGAUACAACCAACACCAUCAACAAAAAGGUCAGAAGGUGAUUCCGUUUCGGGAAAGCAAGUUGACAAGGCUGUUCCAGAGUUUCUUCAUGGGUCAUGGCAAAGCAUCGAUGAUAGUUAAUGUCAACCAAUGUGCCUCAAUGUUUGAUGAGACUAUGCAUGUGCUCAAGUUUUCUGCCAUAGCCAAACAGGUGACAACAGUCACUUCAAAACUUGAAAACAAGUUGAAAGAGGUGAUAAACCCAAAGGUAGCAGCCGCUAAAGCUUUGACUAACAAUCAGGCCGCUAAAACUCUGCAGGCUUCAAGGCAGACCAUUGCCUGGGCUGAAACGCCAGAAAAGAGCAGAUCGGGAUCUGAUAACACAAUUAUAGAAGAGGACGAAGAGGAUGAGGAGGAAAGUGAUGAGGAAGAAAAUGACUCCUACAAAAAAGAGCUGCUAAAUGUCAUUGAGGUAUUAAAGCAGAGAUUGGUGGAAGAGCGGCAGAAGCAGAUACUGAUGGAAUCCAAAAUAAGGGAAGAAGUGUGCAACGAAAUGGCCCAGCAGCUCGUCAAUAUUGAAUCUGAAUACAGUAUGAUCAACAAGCAGAUGUUUGUGAUGCAAGAAGAAAAAUGCGAGAAGAGAAUUGAAAUGUACAUGCAGUCAGUUAAAAAAAAUCGCAAACGUGCUCGCAUAGAAGAUGACGAGGACGAGUGGGUUUCCAGUACAUUAUUACAUGCAGAAGAAACUAAAGUCGGGGAAAGAGAUGAAAGAAUUGAGACUUUAAAUAACAUGGUCUCAUCAUUGCAAGAGGAGAAGGCUGAAUUGAGCAAAGAGUUGAUGGCCGGAGAAUCAAAGUCAACUGAUGAAUCUACUGAGGUUUUAAAAAAACAGGUCAGUGAGAUGCGCCAGACAAUCCUCAAACAACAGUCAGAGGUCACUGAGCUCCAAGAGACACUGGACGAUGCUGCCGAAGAGUUUCAUGCCAAGAAGGAAGAGAUUGAGAGAUUGAAAGAGAAAAUUGCAGAGGAUGGUGAGGCAAUGGAUGGACAGAUCCAAGCUUUGAAAGAUUUACAGCAAGUGCUUCAGGAGAGUGAGAAGAUGCUGGAAGCAGCUAAUGUAAAACUUCAAGACCGUGAUAGAACAAUUGAGAACAUGCAACAGGAGGUGCUACAACUGAAGCAACCCCUCAAAGCUGGUAAUACUGAACUGCCACCUAAAGGAGAUGAAACUUGUGUCUUUGAAGUCAAUGAAAUAAUGGUUAAAAACGAGUGCUUAGAAGAAAAACUAAAAAAGAUGGAAGCAGAGCUUUCAAAGAAAAGUGAAAGUAUGGAGAAUGAAAAGGUAUAUCUUGCAGAUCAACUGGAGAAUUACAAGAACAGUGAUGUGAAGAUGAAAGAACAAAUGGCAAAACUUGAACGAUCAGUAAAGGAGCAUGAAACAGCUUUAAAUGACAACGAAACGUUCCUUGAACAGUUAAAUAAACAGGUUAAGGAAUUGAAGAAUCAAAAUGAAGAGAUAAAACUACACAAUAAGGAAAUGGAAAAGAAGGUUAAGGAGAAAGAUUCACAUAUUGAAGAAAUGAAAAGGACAGCUGAAGAGUUGCAACAGGAGAACAAACGUCUAAUUGAGGAACAGGCAGAAAUUGAGCAAAAGCUGACCAAAGAGGAGGAAGCUAAGGAGAGGGAUUCACACAAAGAGGUAUUGGAAAAGGAAACCGAGGAGUUACAACAGGAAAACAAGCGUCUAAUCGAGGAAAAGGAAGAGAUCCAACAACUGCUGACUAAAGAGGAGAAAACGAUUGAGGAAUUGAUAGAGAAAGUGAAAUGUUUAAAUGAAGACAAAGAAGAAAAUGAAACAUUGCUGGCUAAUAAAGAAAGAGAAGUAAAUGAAUCUAAUGAGAAGUUAGCACAAAUACAAACUGAGGCAGAGGAAAUAAAUGGCAGAAUCAUUAACUUGAGGAAAGAAAGGGAAGAGAUGAAUAAGGUACUGAUAGGCAAAGAAAAGGAGAUUGAAGAGUUAUCUAGCCGUAUCAGUAGUAUGACUAAGGAAAUGCAGUGCUUAAAGGACCAAAUGAAUGACAAAAAAAAUAUUAAAGAAUCAAAUGAUAAAUUAAGUCAUGAACAUGAGGAGACUGUAAAGCUGUUGGCCAUUAAAGAGAAAGAAACGAAUGAGCUGUGCCAGCAGAUUAAGAAAUCAAACAAAGAGAAGGAAAGUAUUCAGAGGUUCUUUAAUGACCGAGAAAAAGAGGUUGCUAGAUCUGAUGAACGGUUGAAGGAAUUACAAGAAAACCAGACAAAAUUUGAUGAAUUGUUAACUGAUAAAGAAACUCAAUUGACAAAGUUGAAUGAGGAUAUGGAGAAGAUAAAUGAAGAAAAACAACACUUAGAGAAAUUGAAUGUAACCAUGAAGAAAUCUGUAGAGGAAGCACAGAAACAAGUAGAUGAGUUAAACGAAAAAAUACGGAAAUUGAAAGAAGGAAGUGAAAUGCAGGUAAAGGAAUUAAAUGGAAAAUUGUCAAAGACAGAGGCAGAGUUAAAUGAUAAUAUAAAAUCAGAAAAAGACAAAGAAAAACAAAUAGAGAGAUUAAAUGAGUUGCUUGAGAAGUUAAGAGAAGAAAGCGAAAAACAAGUAAGUGAAUUUAAUGGAAAAUUGCAAAAGACAGAAGCAGAAAUUAAUGAAAAACUGAAGUCAGAAAAUGACAAAGGAAAGCAAGUAGAAGAAUUAAAUGAGAUGAUUAAGGAACUGAGAGAGGAAAGUGAAAAACUAGUACAGGAAUUAAAUGGAAGUUUAAGAGAAACAGAGGCAAAAUUAAAUGAACAUAUGAAGUCAGAAGAAGACAAGGAAAAACAAAUUGAAGAAUUAAAUGAGAUGAUCAAGGAGUUAAGAGAAGAAAGUGAAAAUCAAGUAAGGGAAUUAAAUGGACAAUUCCAAAAAACAGAAGCAGAAUUAAAUGAGAGGAUGAAAAAGUUGAAAGAAGAAAGUGAUAAAGAAAUCAAGAUGUUAAAUGAAAAAAUAAAAAAGAGAGAAAUGGAAAUAAAUGACAAGUUGAAGUCUGAAGAAUACCAGGGUAAGGAAGUAGAAGAAUUAAAGGAGAAGUUGAAAAAAAUGCGAAGUGAAAGAGACCACAUACAGAACUUGUACAUAGAGCAGGAAAAAGUAGUGAAACUGAAUGAAGAAAUUAAAGGGAUGGGUGAGAAGAAACUAAGAGAAGCUGAAGAAAUUAAUGAAAAAGUGAUAAAGUCAAAAGAAGAAAUAAAACUGCAAGUAGAAGAUUUACAAAAGAAGAUUAAGGAGGUGCAAGAAAUAAAAGAACAGGAAGUAAACGUAUUGAUUGAGAAGAUGCAGAAGGUACGAGAACAGAAAGAAGAUAUUGAGGGUGUAAUUGUUGAGAAAGAAAAGCAGGUACAGGAAUCUCUAAAGAAAGUGAGGAAAGUAAGCGAAGAAAAGGAAAUUAUCAAUAAGUUAUUUGCUGAUAAGGAAAUUGAAGUUGAAGAGUCUAACAAGAAAGCAAGAAAGUUGAAGGAAACUAGUGAAACAUUAUUAAGCGACCUAGAAGCUAAAGUUGACGGAUUAAACAAAAAGAUUAGUAACCUGAAUGAAGAGAAGCAAAAGAUGAAGAAACUGUUGAAUGAAAAAGAAACAGAGGUGGAGAGUUUGAAUGAGAAGAUAACUAUGCUAAAUGAAGAAAAUGCCAAGUACGAAGUGGAAUCCAAUGAUUUGCAUAAGUUGACUGAAGAAAGAGAAAGGUUGGAGAAAUUGCUAAUGGACAAAGAAAGACAAACAUGUGAAACACAUGGAAAAUUAGAAAAUCUAGAUAAAGAAAACCAACGUUUUGAAGAACUGCUUGCAGAAAAAUGUUUAGAGGUAGAUGAGUUAAAUGAGGCCAUUAAGAAGCAAAGUGAGGACAAAGAAAUCAUAGAGAAGGUAGUCAACGAGAAGGCAAGAGAAAUUGAUGCCUUGAAGGACGACAUUAAGAAGAAUAAUGCAGAAAGGCAAAGAAUUGAGAGCUCUUAUAGCGAAAAAGAAAUUGAAUUACAGGUCAGUGGUGAAGAAGUGAGAAAACUGCUUGAAGAGAAAGAAAAUAUGGAAAAGUUACUGUGUGACAGGGAGAUAGAAGCAAGGGAGACAAACAAAGAACUCACAAGUUUAAGUGCAGAAUUAGUCAGAGUACAGGGUUUACUAAAUGAGAAAGAAAAUGAGACGGAAGAAUUGAAUGGAAAGAUGAAUGACAUGAAAAAAGAUAUAAAAGAUCUUCAGGCGAAUUCAGUGGAAUCGCAAACACGGUCAGAGGAGAAAUCAUCCACAGACAACCAGGGUGUUGGAGAGGAUGAACCAGAGGCUUUUAAACUGAAGGAGAACACUAUGAAUGAUGACACCAGCAGAAUUGAAAUAAAUGUCACACCGCUUCAGAAAAAGAAAACACGAAAACAGCGCACAAGUCAACGGGGAAGGAAGAGGAAAGGCGUGGACAUAGCAAUAGUGGAUAGUGAUGAGGAUGAUUUCCAACCAAAGCCCUCUAAAAGAGAACAGCCUUCUCGACCCCGGAGAAGAACGCGAGCCACAAAGGUGGAAGAGGAGAUGGAAAACAAACCAGCUGUAAUGGAACCAAGUCAUUCACCUGGAUCAGAAUCAAUCUCUAGACGAAACGGAAAACGAGCUGCCUUAACAAAGCUAGGUGAUAUGUUUCACAAUAAAGCUAAGAAAAUAGCUGACGCUGCAUCUAGCAUCACAACACCACAGAAGUCCCCUCCCAGGAUCGUGGAGGUCUAUCAGCCAGGCACAGAAAAAAAAAAGAAGCGCAAGCUUUACAAGACCGAUAUAUCUACCCCAUUUGAAUGCAAUCCACAUGAGGUUAUUUGUCACACAAAAGAAGCAGACAGUUCUCAUGGAAUUGUUACCAGGAAACUAAGAUCUAGGCACACAAAGGUUUAAAUCCAAGAAGCUUUUAAUUUUCUGACGUAAAAUAAAAUAUACUAGUUGUUGUACUUUAGAUUAUGUUGUAAAAUUCUGGGGAAAAAUCAUAGCAUCAAUGAAAAGAAUAAGAUGCAAAAUACUGUGAUUAUUAUUACAGUAUACCCUAAUAAUAAAACCUGUGUGUUCCAGUAAUUUUGAUUCAUUUUUAAGGAGCCUUGAUUUUCUUCAGAUUGAAAACUGUAAAUAGACAUUCAGAAAUAAAAUUAUCCCACCAUUUUGAUUUGUAGACAAAUGAACAAUCCAUGGUUGGAUUAUCUAUAUUUCUACUGUACCGUAUAUCUAAAGAAAACAUUGUAAUUUGUGGGGCCAAGUAUCAUUGUGAGAUACUAUUUCACCAGAUGACCAUAACUUAUGUUUGUUUAUUUUUACUUAUAUCUAUUGAAUUAUUCUAUCUGUAGAUGAAUGAACCUUGACUGUGCACAUGUAAAAAAAAUAUGUUAAAAAAUCUAACACGUAAAUACUGGGAUAUCUCCCCUAUGAUGUUCUUAAGCAAAGAUAUGUGGCUAGGGCUAGUCUUUUUUAAGGUAAGGUAAAAUAUUAUUUCACCUGAUAAAAUACCUUUUGUCAAGUUUGGUUUAUUUUUCCUUACAGUAUAUAUACCUUUCUUAGAUGAUAUCUUUCUUGAUUUAUCUCUCUAUCUUUUGUUAAAUGUAUGACUGUGACAUGGUGUUAAUACCGGAAUUUUCUACUGCAAAACGUACAACAAAAAUAUGGAAAAAAUGUGAUUGUCUUAACAGGUAAACAUCCAUGUAGACAUCUAAAGCCGGUUACUCACUGCGUGCGACGGCAACGUGAUGAAGAAUGCACGCAAAGACGUGGACCCAACUGAUCGUCUUUUUAAUAAGGAUCCGUUCAGAUUGCCACUGAAAAUCAGCAGGCGGCGUUGCGUCAUCUGUCGCUCACUGGAAGCAAAUGUGGAUUCGUACGAUGCAGUGAGUGUCCGGCUUUAGAGAUACUUCAAUAAGCCUGGUGAAUAAUAAAAAAAGUACAUGAGGUGGGCAAAGGGAUAUGUGUGUGUGUAAUAGAAACACAUCAUUGUCAACAUAAUCAUGCAGUAGUACAAGACCUUUUGCUGACAGCCAACCCCAAGAAGUUACAGUAUUAUGAUGAUUGUCACAUUUGCUGCUUGCCAUCAUAUCCUAAGGUCCUGGGAAAAUAUGGUUAUGUACCAGCGCAUUUGAGAGCUACAGUAAUUAUGCUUAUUAUAGCUGUAAAUAUAUUGUACUUUAUUACAAGAUUUGAAUUAUGAUUUUUAUAAAUCAUCAAAAUAAGUAAA